AUGUCAUUCAUCCACAAACAAAAUACUCACCUGUCACUGAUCACCACCCUCACACAGGAAACCGCCCGUGCGAUUUUCGAUAAUCCGAUCAAGAAGCAAAUUUUUCUAUUCGAUGUUGCAAAGGAGUCCUCGAAAUUCCUGCCCAUCUUGAAGGAAACAACAAAAUCAUUCAAGGGAAAGCUUUUAUUUGUUUUUGUGGAGUGUGACAAUGAGGAAGUUGGUGAACCUGUUGCCAAUUACUUUGGAAUUACUGGACAAGAGACCACAGUUCUUGCUUACACUGGGAAUGAAGAUGCUAAGAAGUUUUUCUUCCAUGGUGAAAUAUCACUCAACAACAUUAAGGAAUUUGCUCAAGAUUUCCUGGAGGACAAGCCCACACCAUUCUACAAGUCUGACCCAGUACCUGAAUCCAAUGAUGAGGACGUCAAAGUUGUUGUUCGCAAGAGUCUAGAUCAAAUAGUUCUGGAUGAGUCAAAAGAUGUCCUUUUGGAGAUAUAUGCACCAUGGUGUGGCCAUUGUCAGUCACUAGAGCCUAUCUACAACAAGCUGGCCAAGUUUCUCCAUGGCAUUGACUCCCUUGUAAUAGCCAAAAUGGACGGCACAAACAAUGAGCAUCCUCGUGCCAAGGUACUCAACCUAUUGAUGCACAUGGACAUGAUGACUCUCUAGCGUUUAUGGACAAACCAACCUGUAAUCAUGGACCUUAUUGUCUUGUAGACCAUUUGGUGUUUCGAGUGUUUUGGAGCUUGCACUUUGUGCAUGUAGAUACAAACUUGUGUGUUCAGGACCAUCUGAAGUCUCUCAUAGUAACCAAUAGUCCUUAUCUUUUUGUGACUUGUGUGUUCUAGAUGAUUGUUAAGAUGGUCAAAACUAUGCUUCCUCUAGGUUAA